GAUCCAGAAACAAAACAAUCAUGGCGGCCUAUAUGUUUUGAAACAAACUUCGAUCGGAGGACAAUCGGAAUAUCAAUCAUACCAGGAGAGUACUUGUUUUUUCCAAUAUAUCUACCGUUAUUAAAUCACAAAGCAUGCCUCCAAAAAGAAAGGCGGCACGAAAUCAUGCCACAAUACCUUCCCGGCCUCGGUUGGCAGCAACAACCAAUGAUGAUGAUUUGACUGCUCCUGAUGGGCCACAGCCAGUCAAUCUACAACAGGGCAGACUCAUACCGGAAGCUGAGGUAGAACAGCUGAUACAGAGGGCCGUACAGCAAGGGGUUGAAGCUGCUUGUAGGCAGAUUUUCCCCCAAAUAGCAAACAACACAACUGCUACACCAGCCGUUGAACAGCAAGGGCCAGCAGCAACUGCAACCGGUCAGGCCUCUGGCUCAAUGCCACAAAUGGACGAAGCCGUUGGUGAGGAUACAGUGUUACGGACUGCCAUAGAUGUGGCAGCUACUGUGUCACAGGUCGCCCCAGCUAAUGACAGUGAUUCUGUGCCAUUCAGGUCUACAGCAAUCCCACUGCCAGCACUAGUAGCUCAACCUAUUAAGGACAAAAUUUGGGCUGGUGAAUUCAUUGAAAUCUCAAUGAUUGACAAGAAAGAUCACGAGAGCUUUGAACAAGUAAUAAAGUACAUUGCUGGGGCUCCUGUGGUGCAGUGGGUGCCCAAACAUAGGACAAAGACACUGUCCUUGGAUCAAUGGACCAAUAAUUUCCACAUAUAUGCAACCAUAUACUGUGAAAAGAAACCAGAGAAAUUUGCCAGUCUCCUUAAAUACAUGUCAAUUAUUAGAAAAUUAGCAAGUAAGGGUGCAGAUUGGCAGUUUUAUGACUGCUCCUUUAGAAGGUUACAGGCCACAAAUGGGGAUCAGGGCUGGGAAAGAGUCGAAUGGGAGCUAUGGCACGAAGCCAUUAUACGCAAAGUAGGACAAAGUUCGACCUCAGCAAAGCAUUUAUCUGUUCCACACCCCAAGGGUUUUUGUUUUAAAUUUUUAGAAGGAAAACCGUGUCCGGGUCCAGAAGGGGGAUGUCAACAUUUUCAUAGGUGUACCACAUGUCAGGGUAAUCACCACCCAGGUACCUGCCAUGGCUCUUCCCAAGCCCCACGUUCACAUUUUGGUGUGACACCAAAUUUUCGUCCCCAACGAUUCAAUUUUCAAGCCCCAUCAGGUCGUUAUCAACCAUACUCACCAAGAACACGUGGUAACUUCAGAAGAGGUCACCCCUAUCAUCGCCGAUAGACUAGCAGUUAUGAUAGAAGGCUAUGAUUAUGAGAAAAAGCAAUAUCUUGUUCAGGGAUUUAAGGAAGGGUUUCGCAUUCAUUAUGAUGGGGGAGAAUUUAAGCCCACUUGUCAGAACCUAAAAUCCGCAAAAGAGUUUCCUCACAUUAUCAAAGACAAAUUACAAAAAGAACUUAAGGCUGGGCGUAUAGCAGGACCAUUUAUUACCCCACCAUACAAUGAUUAUCAUACUAGUCCCAUAGGCGUUGUCCCUAAGAAAGAACCUGGUAAAUUUCGCAUGAUCCAUCACCUUAGUCACCCAAAAGGCCUUUCAAUCAAUGAUGGAAUCAGCCCAGAAUCAUCAACUGUCCAAUAUGCCACCAUAGCUGAUGCUAUAGGAAAAAUUAAACAGUUGGGACAGGGAUGUUUUUUAGCUAAGACGGAUAUCGAGUCAGCUUUUAGAAUAGUACCCAUCCACCCAGAUGACAGAAAGAUGUUGGGUUUACAAUGGGAAGGAAAAUUAUAUUUUGACAAGUGCUUACCUAUGGGUUUAUCUGAAAGCUGCAAAAUAUUUGAAGAGCUUAGUACAGCCCUUGAAUGGGUCGUUGCAUCCAAAUUCAGGUCCCCUGGUGUGGUUCAUGUUCUAGACGAUUUUCUUUUCAUUGCCAGAACUAAAUCAGAAUGUGAAGCUAUACUUAAUUCUUUUCAAGAUAUGUGUUCAUUCAUAGGUAUUCCAUUAGCUCCCGAAAAAACCUUUGGGCCAGCCCAGGUCUUACCAUUCCUAGGCAUUACUUUGGACUCUGUCAACAUGGAAGCUAGGCUCCCUAAAGAUAAAUUAGUUAAAUGCAGUGAACUAAUCACUCGCUUUAAAACACGCAAAAAGGUCACAUUGAAAGAAUUACAGUCCCUCAUAGGAACAUUACAAUUUGCUACAACUGUAGUGUUGCCAGGUCGUGCGUUCUUGCGCCGCCUUAUUGAUUUAACCAUUGGAGUUCACAAGUCCUUUCAUCUUCUUCGACUUACAAUGGCAGCUAAGGCUGACCUCAUUAUGUGGGAGGAGUUUUUACAGGGUUUUAAUGGUUCUCAGUUUUUCUUAGACGAAAGAUGGUUGUUUAGUAACAACAUCAAUUUUUUCACAGACUCGUCCUUCAUAGGUUUUGGGGGUCUAUACCAAAACCAGUGGUUCUGUGGAACUUGGGUCCCUAAAGUAAAGGAAAAACGGGUUAAUAUAGCUAUUUUAGAACUCUAUCCCAUUGUGUUGGCUAUUCUUGCUUGGGGUGAUCAACUCAAAAAUAAAUGCAUUUGGUUUUUUACUGACAACCAGGCUUUGGUUCCGGUCAUUAAUAAACAAUCUGCUCGAGACCCAUUUAUUAUGCGGCUUAUUCGCAAGUUAGUUUUGUCCUGCCUUCAGUACAAUAUUCUGUUUAAAUGCGUACAUGUUAGAGGUCAUGACAACUUGCUAGCCGACGCCUUGUCUCGUUUACAGGUAGAGAAGUUCAAAAAAUUGUGUCCAUCAGCCUCCCCAGAGCCAACUCCAGUGCAGGCACUAUUGGAUCAGGAACUUUACCUGCUACAUUAACCAAAUUAAUGACCGCUUGUCUGGCGCCAUCUACAGAACGAGCUUAUAACAAAAUUUUGUCGGACUUAAACAGUUUUUGUCUAUCAACACUAAACACCCAGGCUCGCCUUCCACUCACGUAUGCAACAGUUGCACUGUAUGUAGCUAAUUGUCAUGAAAAGGGUCUAUCACCAUCAACAAUUACUUCACAUUUGUCCGCAAUAGCUUAUAUUCACAAUAUAUCCGGUCAUUCAGAUCCCACAAAGUCGUUUCUGGUUAAGAAACUCCUAAAAGGUGCAUCUAAAACUACACCAACAUACGACACGCGUCUUCCCAUCACUGAACCAAUCCUUAAUCAGUUAGUAUCUUCAAUAUCUUUUUUAUGUCCCAACAGCUAUGAUCAGCAUUUGUAUCGCUCUAUUUUUACACUAGCCUUUUAUGGCUUAGCUCGCAUAGGCGAACUAGUUUACACCACACCUUUGGCUGUCAAAAAUGUUCUCAGAAUUUCUGACAUUAAUAUCGCAUACCACAAAGGAAAUCCAUCCAGUAUAGAAAUUAAUUUCUCUAACUUUAAACACAAUUGUGACAAUCAGAUUCAUAGUGUCAGAGUGUCCAGUCUUGAGGGAAGUUGUGGAAUAUGCCCAGUUAAUGCUUUGAUAGAGUAUUUAGCUGUCCGGGGGUCUAGCCCUGGGUCUCUGUACAUCCACAAAGACAAACAACCUGUUGUACGUCAUACCUUUGACUCAACAGUCCGUCGCUGUCUCAGAUUUUGUGAGCUGGAUAGUUCCCUGUAUAAAGGACACUCUUUCAGAAUAGGUGGGGCUACUCUAGCAGCAGAGAGAGGCAUGACCGAUGCUCAAAUUAGGCUGUUGGGAAGGUGGAAAUCAGAUGCUUUUAAAAGAUAUAUUCGAUCUGUUCCCUUAUACAGUCCUCGUUAAUGGCAACUUCCUAUGAAUACAGUUUACAAUCACCUGACUCUUGGGACAUAGCAGGUGUUGGAAUAAAACUAAUGAAACUUGUGUUAGAUCUUUAGUAUAUACAUGUAUUACAGACUGCAGGCGCGUGGGUCCCUGUGGUAUUCUAAGACAGGUCAAUUCCUUAUAUACAUGUAUAUACAUUUAUAUAUAUGUUAAGGCAAUGAAAUUGAUAGGUGUAGGCGCGUGGGUCCCUACACGUAGUUAAUUUAGAAUGACAUGUAAGUUUUGAGUCAUCAAAUUUUCCUAGUACACUUGUGUGUUAGAACUGUAACUCGUUUAUUUUUGUAGGUUUGAUCGCUUUUGCUUAGACACUACUUGAUAAAUACCAGUUUGGUAACAUAGGCGCGUGGGUCCCUAUGUCUAUCUGAAAGGUAUAUGAUUGUGUAUUCUAUCUUACAUUAUAUCAGGCGGUGUUUAAUUUAAGUCUACCAAACUAUAUAAAGUCUUAAUCCAGUUUAGUCACAGGCGCGUGGGUCCCUGUGCCAAUAAUUAAGCGGGACAAUUUUAAUGCCAAACAUAUUAUUUUGUUUAUUUUGUUACUAGUUUUAUACUUUGAAAAUGUUUUGAAACAAUAUCAUGUUUAAUCCUGUUCAGUCACAGGCGCGUGGGUCCCUGUGUCAAAAUAAAUCUGGACAAUUUUUCUGGUCAAACAACAUGAUUUUAUUUAUUUUGUUUUAUUAUUGAAAAUGUCAUUAUAGACAUGUUACUCUCCAUGCUGUUUCGGGUGGCGGAUGACAAUAUAUAUCUUUUAUAUAUUGUCAUUUUGGCGGACUUAUCUAUCUUCCGCUCACCUUUGCUGUAUAAGGUGUUAUUCAUACAAAGAAUUCAAAGAAAUACUAUUAAUAAUCAAAAUCUUUUCAAUUAUCAUUAUCAACAUAAAAGAAUGAAAAAUUAAAUAAAAUAAUUGCGGCCACUCCUAAAAAAGUGAGCCAAUUUAUCGCCACACAUUUGUCUUUCUGGUUUUUUAUUUGGUACACGUGUUUAGAAGACCAUGCAGCAAACAGAGCUCUACAACAUGGAGGUAACAUGUCAAAUAACAAAUCGAUUUGUAAAAGGGAGGGGGAUAAGCAGUUGUCAUAAAUUUGAAGAGAGUUUUAUUACAGUGGAGGCAAAAAUUAUAGUUUGUAGCAAACAAACAUGUUUUUGCACUAACUGGCAGAAUUUUAUUACCAAUAGUUCGAUAACAAUAAACCACGCCCCGUGACCCUUAUAUGGUAAGCGUCACAUCCGGGGUCAUAGAGCAAAGGUCAUCUCUCAUUGGUCAAUUCUAAUUAGGCAUCCCAGCAUUGAGAAAAAUUUUUCGGACGGUCGCCAUUUUAAUUUGGAAGAAUCUAAAUCUUGUCAGCGAAUUUCACAAAUCUACUGCUUACCCUCCCAUCCCUCCCAUAUUUUAUUGCAUGUACAUGAUAGAUUUACCUGUUUAAUGUUUGGUAUGUGAGCAAUGUUUUGUACGUGAGAAAUGUUUUGUAUGCGAGAAAUGUUUUGUAUGCGAGAUAUUUUGCCAUUAUGUUAUGGUGCUUUGUAGAGUUAACUAAUGUUGUAAUUUUGUAAAGCGGACUUAUCUAUCUUCCGCUCACCUUUGCUGUAUAAGGUGUUAUUCAUACAAAGAAUUCAAAGAAAUACUAUUAAUAAUCAAAAUCUUUUCAAUUAUCAUUAUCAACAUAAAAGAAUGAAAAAUUAAAUAAAAUAAUUGCGGCCACUCCUAAAAAAGUGAGCCAAUUUAUCGCCACA